ACACUUGCUUUGCCUUUGGCUUUGGCUCUGGCGUUGUAAACAAUGCUCCUCCCUCUCUUCUUCUUCUUCUUCUUCCUCCUCCAUCUCCAUCUUUCUUCUUCCUCAAUCUCCUUCCCUGAUUUUCAAAUCAUCGACGUUUUACAACCUCCUCUCACCGUCACUGAAACUCUUCCCGAUUUCAACAACACCCAUUUCUCCGAUGAAUCCAAUUCUAAAUACACUCUUCGUCUUCUCCACCGCGACAGAUUUCCCUCCGUCACUUACCGUAACCACCACCACCGUCUCCAUGCUCGUAUGCGUAGAGAUACAGACAGAGUCUCCGCCAUUCUCCGCCGCAUUUCUGGGAAAGUUGUAGCUUCUUCCGAUUCUAGAUACGAGGUUAACGAUUUUGGGUCCGAUGUUGUUUCCGGUAUGGAUCAAGGAAGUGGUGAGUAUUUCGUCAGAAUCGGCGUCGGAAGUCCUCCGAGAGAUCAGUACAUGGUCAUUGAUUCCGGUAGCGAUAUGGUUUGGGUUCAAUGUCAGCCUUGUAAGCUUUGUUACAAACAAUCCGACCCGGUUUUUGACCCGGCUAAAUCCGGGUCUUACACUGGAGUCUCUUGUGGCUCUUCCGUCUGUGACCGGAUUGAAAACUCCGGUUGUCACUCCGGUGGGUGCCGUUACGAGGUCAUGUACGGAGACGGGUCUUACACUAAGGGAACAUUAGCUCUUGAAACGCUGACGUUUGCUAAGACGGUGGUUAGAAACGUUGCAAUGGGAUGUGGUCACCGGAACAGAGGAAUGUUUAUCGGAGCUGCUGGUUUAUUGGGUAUUGGAGGCGGUUCAAUGUCGUUUGUGGGUCAAUUGAGCGGUCAAACCGGCGGUGCGUUCGGUUAUUGUUUAGUGAGUCGAGGCACUGACUCGACCGGUUCAUUGGUAUUCGGGCGGGAAGCUUUGCCCGUUGGUGCCUCGUGGGUACCGUUGGUCCGGAACCCACGGGCUCCGAGUUUUUACUAUGUUGGGCUCAAGGGCCUCGGGGUCGGAGGCGUCCGGAUUCCGUUACCGGAUGGUGUCUUUGACCUGACUGAAACCGGUGACGGCGGCGUGGUUAUGGAUACCGGAACCGCCGUCACAAGGCUUCCCACGGCGGCUUAUGCCGCAUUUCGAGAUGGAUUCAAGUCGCAGACAGCGAAUUUGCCGCGGGCUUCCGGUGUAUCGAUAUUCGACACGUGUUAUGAUCUGUCAGGGUUUGUUUCGGUACGAGUCCCGACCGUGUCGUUCUAUUUCACGGAAGGUCCGGUUUUGACAUUACCGGCGAAGAAUUUUCUGAUGCCGGUGGAUGAUUCGGGGACAUAUUGUUUUGCGUUUGCGGCGUCUCCGACGGGUUUGUCGAUAAUAGGGAACAUACAACAAGAAGGGAUUCAAGUAUCUUUCGACGGAGCCAAUGGCUUUGUUGGGUUUGGCCCCAACGUUUGCUAGCGGUUAAAAAUAGAGAGAUAUUACGAUUUUUGUUUGCUAGUAAGUAAAAAACUUUUGUCUCAAAACUAUAUAUGUAUUUGUCUUUUUUCUUUUUAUUAGUUUGGUUUGAGUUCUAAUAAAUCUGAUUAGUAUAGAGAGAUUACAAAAAUGUAUAUGUUUUGACCAAAUUUGUCUUUUGAUUUCUGAUUGGUUUAGAAUCUAUUAUUUUGUUUCACUGUUUGAUUUGUGGUAUAAAAUGAAGUGAAACACCUUUU